GAGAAACGUAAAAGCUGAAACCCUACCCCAAAUUUAUCAUGUUUAGCGCUCUGGUUCUUCCCGUUGUGAGUGGCGCCAGUCAGCCGUGAAGGGGCCAUUGUUUCUAUUCUGAGCGGAAACUGCCGUACUACGGUGCUUACUUUUGUGGUUCCUUCUCAACUCGUUCUCUUCUUGUCAGCAAUAAAGAGGAUUGCUGCAACGUGGGAUAGGCUAUUGCUUCUGUUUGGGGUGGUAUAUCAUUUUUUAGUAAUUGGAUUUUCAAUAGUGAAGGGAAUUUACUCAAGUCAUUGUUUCUAAGGAAGUGGCGCCCUCUUUUGAAUCAAAGCUAAAGAUCUAUUGAAUAGUUGUUGAUCAAGCUUAUUGGGAAGGUAAGCAAUUUUCCUUCUUUUUGUUUAUAUUUGACUAUUGUCCUUCCUUUAUGACACAACAUACAUUGUAAUGAUAUGUUAAAAAUGAUUUCUCUCACUCGCACAUAAGAAACCUUCCUUACACUAGAUAUGAUCACCGUUAAUGAUUGAUCUAAAAUAGAAAAUGUUUGUGUCUUGAUGUUUUAAUAACUUUCUUUAAUCGUGUGAUUUACUCGCUUAGUUGCAUGUAGUGCUGAUUUUAAUAGCUUUCCUUAUUACCUUCAAAUGUAAUUUUUUUAAAGGGUUGGUGAUUAAAUUAAAAUAAAACAUGUGUGUGUGUCUUGUCUAUAGACGAUGAAUCAGCCUGCACAUAGAGAAUGGAUGUAUAAUAGGGUUCUACCUAAUCGAGCGGGGCUUUCAGAUGCUUUUUAUGUGGGUGUUGAAACUUUUAUUUCACAUGCUUGUGGAUUAGAUCAAUUUCUGAAGACGAGAACAAUUAGAUGCCCAUGUGUGAAGUGUGAUUGUAGAAAAAUGCAAACCGCAGAUGAGGUGAGGGUUCAUUUAUAUAGGAAAGGGUUUAGGCCGAAUUAUUUUUACUGGACGUCACAUGGAGAAGAAUUUCCUCAACCAACUCCUGUAACAGUUCAACAACAAUCGAUUCCAAAUUUGGAUCAAGAACAAACUGUGUAUGAAGAAAACUUUAAUUCUUACGAGUCAAUGGUAAUGGAUGCUGCCGGUCCAAGUCUUGCUCAGUGCUACCAGGAAAGUAGAGAUGAGACACCUAAUAAAGAGACCCAAGAUUUCUAUGACCUUUUGGCUGCAACAGAAUCUCCUUUGUUUGAGGGCUGCUCUAGUCACUCAGAGUUAUCAGCUUCACUACAAUUGCUUACAAUUAAGGCAGAGCAUAAUAUAUCUCAAGAAGCUUUUAAUAAAAUUGUACAGUUUUGUAGAGAAACUUGGCCCUCAGAUAAUCGCAUGCCACCAAAUUAUUACAGAACAAAAAAGUUGGUUGAAAGGUAGGGUUUGAGUUACGAAAAAAUUGAUUGUUGUGUUGACGGGUGUAUGUUGUUUUUCAAUGAUGAUAUUAAUGAAAAAAAAAUGUAGAUGUGGGGAAAAUCGAUAUAUAUUGAAGAAAAGCAGUUAUGGUAAGGUAAAUGAGGUUGCCAGAAACCGAAUGUGGUACUUGCCUCUUGCACCAAGGUUGCAAAGAUUGUAUUCUUCUCCUGCUACUGCUAGUCAUAUGAGAUGGCAUUUUGAUAAUGUUAGGGAAGAAGGUGUAUUGGUUCAUCCUUCUGAUGGAGAGGCGUGGAAAGAUUUUGAUAAAACACAUAAAGACUUUGCUAAAGAACCUCAAAAUGUCAGACUUGGUUUAUGUGCUGAUGGAUUUAGUCCAUUCAACAUUAAGGGUAAGCCUUAUUCAUGCUGGCCUGUAAUUGUCACUCCUUAUAACUUGCCUCCUUCAAUGUGUAUGAAAGAAGAAUAUUUGUUCUUGACUAUAAUCAUUCCUGGCCCUAAGCCUCCUCAUAAGGGAAAAAUAGAUGUCUUCUUGCAACCAUUGAUAAAUGAACUUAAAAUGCUAUGGGAAGUUGGUGUUACUACAUAUGAUGUCUCAUUAAAGCAAAACUUUCAAAUGAGGGCUGCGUUGAUGUGGACCGUUAAUGAUUUUCCAGCUUAUGCAAUGUUAUCAGCUUGGUCGACUGCUGGAAGCCUGGAAGAUUAUCUUGUCCUUAUUGUAUGGAACACUCCAAAGCCAAAUGGCUUAAGCAUGGUAAGAAGAUAUCAUUUUUUGAUUGUCACCGAUGCUUUUUGCCGACGGAUCAUCCAUAUCGAAGGAACAAGAACAAUUUUACUAAAAAUAAGCAAGAAUUUGAUCUGCCCCUGAGUUUUUGAAUGGAACUCAAGUUUGGGAGCGUGUUUCUAUGUUGCCUAAAGUGGUUGAAAGUGGAUUCCAAGAGAUAGAGGGGUAUGGACAUACACACCAUUGGAGUAGACAGAGCAUAUUUUGGGAUUUGCCUUAUUGGCGAACGAACCUCAUUCGACACAACUUUGAUGUUAUGCAUACUGAAAAGAACAUAUUUGUAAAUGUGUUUGAUACAGUUAUGGAUGUAAAAGAUCAAACAAAAGAUAAUCUGAAUGCUAGAAGGGAUAUAGCCGAUAUUUGUAAGCGUCGAGAAUUGGAGCUUGUUGACUUGGGAAAUGGUAAUGAAGUAAAGCCUAAGGCACAAUACACUUUGAAUGCAGCCCAAAAGAAAGCGGUGUGUGAAUGGAUAUCGCAACUAAAACUCCCAGAUGGUUAUGCUUCAAAUAUUCGAAAGUGUGUGGACUUGAGAACGAAAAAGUUAUUGGGGAUGAAGAGUCAUGAUUGUCAUAUUUUCAUGGAACGUUUGCUUCCCACAGCAUUUAGCUCAUUGCCAGAGCAUAUUUGGAAUCCUUUGGUGGAGUUGAGUCAAUUCUUUAGAGAUCUUUGCUCAACAAAACUAGAGCUUGAUCACUUGAAACAAAUGGAAAAAAAUAUCCCAAUCAUAUUGUGCAAGUUAGAACGUAUAUUUCCCCCAGGUUUUUUUGACUCAAUGGAGCAUUUACCAAUUCACUUAGCAUGGGAAGCGAAAAUGGGUGGGCCUGUGCAAUAUCGUUGGAUGUACCCAUUUGAAAGGUUCCUUCAUUCCUUGAAAGAAAAAGUUGGAAAUAGAGCACGUCCAGAAGGAAGUAUUUGUGAAGCUUAUAUUGUACAAGAGACAACAACAUUUGCUUCAUAUUAUUUUGAGUCUCAUGUGCACACAAGAAGAAAUAGAGCACCAAGAAAUGAUGAUGGUUUUGAAGACCAAUUAUUUCAACCUUUAUCCCUUUUCAAUCAACCUGGUCGGGCAGCGGGAAAGAAGAGACAUAGAUUCAUUGAACGAAAAGAAAAGGAUGCAGCUCAUUUGUGUGUAAUUUUAAAUUGUGAAGAAGUUGAACCAUAUCAAGCUUUAUAUGUGGAAAGCUUACGAGCUGCUAGGCCAAACAUUAGUGAAAUUGAUGUUGAUCGUUGUAUUGAUAAUGAUUUUCCACAAUGGUUCAAAGAUCAUGUGCAUCAAUCAAGCAAUGAAACUCACAGUCAGUUUAUCAAUGACAUUGCUUGGGGACCAUUGGCUACAGUUCACACAUGGCCUAUCUAUUUUGUCAAUGGAUUUAAGUUUCACACAACACCAUGGAGUGAAGGAAAAGCUACUUCUAAUAAUGGUGUUUGUGUUAGAGGAGCUGAUUCCGGACAAUGUGAAAAUGAUUACUAUGGCACACUUGAUGAAAUUGUAGAAUUGGAGUAUUCACGGGAACCAAUUAAGUGAGUUGUGUUGUUCAAGUGCACAUGGUUUGAUCCAACCCCUAAUGUCGGAACAAGAGUACAUAAGCACUAUGGAAUUAUUGAAGUUCAUUCACGAACCAGGAGUUUCAUGAAUGAAACCAGGGUCAGCUUGAGGAAUCAAGAAGCUUCCAUCAAGAAUUUGGAGACUUAGUUGGGUCAUUUAGCCAAAACCAUAGCUGAAGGGGUCCCAGAAUGUUUCUGCCCUCAAGCUUUGGAGGAGGGAGAACAAUCACUUACUAUCCAUGAAAGUGACAUUGUGGAGAAAAGUGAGGAGCCACAAAGUGAAGAAGAAUCCCCAAAAGAAGACUCCACCAAUGUUCUUGAGACAAAAAGUGAAAAUACAAUGGGUGAACAAAUGGAAAAUGUGAUUGAAUGUGGUGAUGUUCAUGAUGUAUCCUUAGAGGAUUUUGUUUUUGGACACAAAAUGCAGAAAGAUGAGGAGGAAACUCCAAGUCUUAGCAUCAAUCUCAAGGACCUGUGGAUCAAUGGAAAGCAUGGCAAGGAACAAGCAAGAGGGUGGAAGUCUCUUAGCACAAAAUGGAACCAAAUCAGUGAGAAUUUUCUUAAACCCUCCAUUUUUAAUUUGAUUUAUGUUGCCAUGAUAUCUGGAAAUGCAGGUAAUAUGAUGAUGCAGUUGUGUUAAAAUUUGCAUGAUCUAAAGGAUCUAAUGCAAUUUGCUAUAAACCCUGGGGAGAACUUUGAGUACGAGGUAGUCUAUCAAAGACUUAAAAAUUGAGUUUCUUGGGAGACAACCCAAGUUCAGGUUUGCUUUUCUUUAAUUUGAGUUUGCUUUAAUUUUUUUGUUUUCUUUUUAGGUAGUUAGUGCAUCAAGCCUUUUGCAUGUUUUUCUUUUUACCUUUGAGUCAGUAUGAAUAUCCUUGGGUUUUUUGCUACUAUGCUGAACUUGCUUAAGUGGUCUCACCCUUGAUUUAGUUGCUUCUUAUUAAAAGUUGUUGAUACCAUCUCUGUUGCUUUUUUGUGGUCUUUGUUGCGUGUUAGUAUGAUUGCAAGUGAGGUUAGCUUGAAUAUGUUUAUUUGAGUUCACUUAGGGGUUUCACUUCAAUACCCUAUUGUUUUGUUGAGAGCUGAGAGUGUCAAUGUUCAUUCCUAACAUGCUUGAUUCUGUUUUGAAAUGCAUAUCGGUUAACUCUUUGUGAUGCAUGAUCCUUGAAGGGACUAGUAGGAAUCUUUCUUGGCUUUCAGAGUUUGGAUUAGUUCCCUUAGUUGCCCAAGUUGAUCCUAAGUGAAUACUUUCUUGGUCCUAGGUUCUGAUAAAUCUGAAUUGUUGAGUGAUCUAUGUUUGGAAUGAGCAGGAAAAAAGAAAAGAAAAUGGACUUUCUUCUUAAUGCGUGCUGGAAAUUGUCAAACAAAAAGGGAUGUGCCUUUGACAAAAGAAAAAAAAAUGAUGAAAAGAAGAAGAAAAUCAAGGAAAGAAAGAAGAAGUCAUUGUGGUUUGUAAAGUUUGCUAAGGUCUUAAAGUUUGAUAAAGAUCACUCACUAGUCUGUUAUAAGCCCUUUGUGUUUUCCCCUUUUGUUCUAUAUCCUACCUUGCAUUGCACCUUAGCCAACGUUACAACCUGGUGAAGUCUCUAUCAUGUGCUUGUCAUUGCUUAAGUUAACCUUGAUUUGAUUGAUUACCAGAGUUGAUGCAUUGUGUUUGAAUGUUAGAGAACAAAAAUGGUGAGAUGAGUGCUUAAAUGGUGAAGAAUUAUGAUGGACUCUUGUAUUCUAAUUCUUGCUGAUUUUUACUCUCCUUUCAUCUUUAGCAUGUUUACAACUGACCUCUCUGUUUUGAGAUGUGUUUGCGUUAAAAAGCUUAAGCAGCUGAAGAAGGGGUGGUUUGUUCUGUGCUUGAGGACAAGCAACCUUGAGUUUACGCUUGAGGACAAGCUGCCGUUGAGUAUAGUGGUGUGAUGACCCGAGGUUUAUUCUAUGUUUAUCGAUUUCUUCUUGUUUCUUUCUUUUCCUUUUUGAGUCAUUUAUUGAGUUUUAAGUCGAGUUGAGUCCCUUUUUAAUUCAUAAUUGCAUCUGCAUUAGUUUAGUUGUUUUUAGUCUAUUUAUUUGGCAUUUUUAUUAGUUUUAGUUAGAGGGUGAUUCCUAUGGUCAGUUUUGAGCUGAAGUCCUUUGAAUUCCUGAGGGUUGAUUUCAUAUUGGGAGUUUUGUUUGCUGAAUUGAAUGAAGGGAUAAUGGAUUAUCAUGAUUAAUGAGAUGUUCCCAUGAGUUACAUUGUUGUUUUGAUGGAUUCUUGAGAUUCUUUUCAGGUUUGAAUAGGUUUUUUAUGGCAAAUGAUGAUGGUUGAAGGCUAAGUAAUGAACCAUGAUGAUAGGUGAAGAGGAAGUUACAAAAUUGAAGAAGAAUCUGAUGAGCCACGCAUGUGCGCCGGCUAUGCCACGCACAUGUGUGGGAGUUCUGUGCAAAGAAAGGUGGAAAGGGUUGAAGGGCCGCCUAGGCCACGCACAUGCGUGGUGGGCUGACUUGAAGGCUGCGUUUUGACAGAUGAUCCACGCAUGUGCGUGGAGGAGGCCACGCACAUGCGUGGUGCGCCGUUGAAAACUCUAUAAAUAGGGUUUUUGUUAUUUAUUUUAGGUAUCUUAUACUUUUUUGAACAAAACUUAGACUUUUAGUUUCUUGGAGCUUGUGGGAGGCUUCUUGGCACUCUUAUUUCAGGUUUUUGUUCUUUUAAUUUGCAUUAUGAAUUCUCUAGCCAUGCUUGGCUAGUUUUCUUUGUACUUUGGGUGAAGUGAACCUUAGCUUUGAUUAUGUUUUGAACUUCUGAGUUUCUUAUAUGAAUAAAGUUUCCUUUCUA